AUGUCAUCGCGAACCCGCGCGAUCGACUCUGAAACACUAAACGAGUGCUCUAUCGAAUUCUGCGCAGGCGGCUUAUUGGCCGGGGCGGCGUUGAUCACAGUGAUCGACAUCCCCGGAGUGGACAAGUGGAUGAACCUGUCGCUGAUUCGAGUAUCUCAGCAUGUGUUUGACGGUCCCUAG